AUGAUUACUUGCGUUGCCUGUUUGAAUGAAAUACAUAAUAACAGCGGACGCAUUGACUGCGCACGUUGUAAACAAUAUUAUCACAACCUAUGCAUUAACAUCUCUGAUAAAAACCUUAAAAAGAUGUCGGACACUCAAAAAGCUAGUUGGCAAUGCCCCAAUUGUCCGAGUAAGCAGCCUAGAGGCGACAACACAAAUACGCCCGUCAAGCAGACGGCAUCGUCAUCGUCAUCCGGAACCGCCUCCAGUAACGUUACGACACGUAAAGCAACGAAAGCAGCAGGGGAAUCGUCCAUCCCACAAGUACUAAGUAGCGGCGCACUUACAUCGAGCGCAGAGAUACGUGACAUCAUAAACGAGGCACUGAGGGAAUGGGCCACCGGAAUUUGUACUCAACUAAAUGAAAUAAGAAGUGAGGUUGUCAGUCUCAAAGAUUCAAUGUCAUUUUUUAAUGAACAAUUCGAGCAAUUAAAUGCCGAGGUUAAAGCCCAAAAAGCAGAGGUUCGACGUCUUAGUGACGAAAACAGUUCACUGCGAAGGGACGUUAUUAAUCUAACCACUCACUGUAAUCAGAUGGACCAGAUGUCUCGCGCCGUCAAUUUAGAGCUCCAGUGCGUUCCUGAGCACAAGAAUGAAAAUGUGACCAGAAUAGUUCAACAGCUAGAGUCAUGGCUCAAUGACACCGUUUUUGACCACGAGCUCUUGGAUGCUAGAUAUGAUAUUUUUAGACGCGAUCGGAGUUCUACUUUGUCCUUCCAAACGAAAAAAGAAGGUGGCGGUAUUUGUUUAGCUGUACUGAAAAAAUAUAGGGCGUUGAGAAUGAAUAGAUGGGAGUCAGCGUGUGAGGAAUUGUGGGUCUCUAUAGACUUAGGUCUUAAUAAUAAAUAUAGAAUAAAUAUGUGCGCUGCGUAUAUUCCCCCACCAGUUUCAAGGGAUUACUUAACAACUUUUCUCAACAAUCUCACGGAUGUCGUCAACAAUAAAAUAUCAAACGGCUCAUUUACCCUGUUGGUAGGUGAUUUCAACCUUCCUUAUAUAGUCUGGGAGAGUAUAGGCGAUCAAAAUGUAUACAUCCCAGAGCCAAAUAAUGGGACUAUCGAAAACAUGUUUAUAGACGAAAUUACGUUCAAUAAUCUUAAACAAUGUAAUUAUAUCUUAAACGAUAAUAAUCGAAUUUUGGACUUGGUUCUUGUGGAUAAUGCUAAUAUCGUAAAAGUGGCCGAAGCUUCGCUGCCUCUGGUUGGAUUGGAUCCUCAUCAUCCUGCCCUCGAAAUACUCAUUCACAGUCUAGGCAACAUAAAACCAUGCAGGUCCAAACGUGUAGCAUUACCUAAUUAUUCCAAGUGUAACUUUGACGCCAUCAACGAAGAACUCACGCAUAUAGUGUGGUCUGAAGUGUGGUCUGACCUUUAUGACAUAGAUUCCAUGGUUGACAAGUUUUACGGCACAGUUUUACCCAUAAUUAAGAAGCACACGCCACAUUGA